UUCUUCACCUUCACGUGUGAAGGGAACUUUACCAACUUCAUCCUUCGUUGCCAUGGCUCCAAGACGACGUCCGAAGAAGAGAGGGGAAACACGAAUGGACGCAGCCCUCGACGCCAUGACUCCCUUUGGAUUCCCAAACAAACUCGUUCGAAGAACCGUCGAUCAACUCCUCAAAGUUUAUGGUGGCAAAGAAGGCUGGGUCUUCAUCGAAGACUCUGCUUACACUCUCCUCAUUGACACUCUUCUUGAAAAACAAUCCAAUUCUGAAGCCCAGGAUGGGUUGAUAGAAGAGGCUAAGCCAGGUGAUGGUCCCAAUGAGGCAUCACCUGCAGGAUGCUCAAACAGUAUCCUUCUACCUUGCUCCAACAUGCAAACCUCCGAUGAUUCACCAUUAACUAAUCAGGCCGUAGACACUGCAUCGGCAGCCAGUGGAACUGGUAAUCAACUUCCCAUCAAAAGUGUGGACACUGUAUCAGCAACAAGUGUAAAUAGUAGUGAACUUCCCAUCAAGCCUGUAGACAUUUCAUCAGUAACUGGUGAACCUGGUGAGCUUUUCAUCAAGGCUGCAGUAGACACUUUUUCAGCGACCAGCAGAACUCCCAUCAACGCUAUAGCUGCAGAAAAUGAAGCUGAUUGUCAGCCAGCAGGAAAUUUGGCUUCUGGUGAAGUUCGUGAACCAAAGUCCUCGCACCUUGUGGGGAGGCUUUGUUACAAAAGGCGUAGACCUUGCUAUGGCUGGAUCUCUAGUGAUGAUGAUGAAGAAGAGCUAAUAGAGCUACCACCGGCUACGUUGUCUAAAGUAUCACGUAUGUUAUCGAACAAUGGGGUCAAUUAGUGUAAACAAGACAGGGUAGUGCGUCUGAGUAGUAGAAGAUAGCUAUCAUGUUAGCUCCAAGGGAUUGAGAAUGCUUUUCAUAAGCUUGCAAUAUGCCUCUUGUGUCUAAUUUUUUAAGUACGGGGCUUAUCAGACUCUCUUCGUCAAACGGAUCAUAUGGUCCAGUAGUAUCAAACACAAAUAGUCAGCAUGUAUAGGAACGGGGUUGUCAACUUUUUAAGCUUUUCUUUGGGAACACAUUAUAGAUGUUACAAGAUUUUUUUUUCUUAAAUGCGACUAAGAACUUU